UUUCCGGUGUCAGCUAGAAAAUAUCAAGGAAACCCUGUCAGAUUGUGCCCCUACUUUUAACCUAACUUUCUCAGAAGCGUCUGCAUAUUGUGAUAGCCACAUCAAUGGCCCCAAGGAAGCGCAUCUCGAGGAUUGCACCGCGCAGUGCGGCGCCAGUGGAGCAGGUGACUGAGAUCAGCAACGGCCGCUCGGUUGCCACCCAAACCGAUGUCCAGGCUACGGGUCCACAGAAACGCAAGAAGGGCCAGAACAAGGUCAAGCCGCUGGCCCCGCACGUGGCCACCAUCCUGAUGCCGGCGCUCAAUCCACAGACACUGCCAGUGGCCGCAGCCGAAGAAGGAAAGGGGCAGUCGGAUGGACUGCCAUCGUUUGUGCCCGGUCCAAAUGAGAAGUCCUGCCAGGCGGUGGCCGACGGGAUCGCCGACCCGGGCGAUCGGGUCAUCACCCCCAACUCCGGCGAACGGCAGAUAAACUACCUGAAGUCUCUGGUGAGCAAUCGUCGCGAAGAGGCCAACCUGUGGGAUCGCAACCGUCUGGAAAUGCUGCUGGGCCAGAUCAACGGCGACCCUCCGCCGCGCUGGAACUCGGCCACCCAGAUGUGGCUAGAGGUCGACAGGCUGGAGCAGCGCAUAGAGGCCUACGACCGCGGGGAGCUGCCGGUUGCCAAGAAGUGCAAGGUGGACGGGGCGCAGGAGGAGGGCCACGACGAGGGGCAGGGGGAGGAGCUACAGGAUGAGGGACAGGAUGAGGGACAGGAUGAGGGACAGGAUGAGGUGCCGGCAGAUGGACAGGACGAGCGGAAGACUGCAGGAGGGACUUAGGAAGUGGAGACCUACCUUCACUGACACCUCUUCCCAUGGCUCACGGUUCACACUUCUCUACUGAUAGUAUCUCACAGUCGACAAAUCCAACAUUAGAUAUUCAAUGGCAACACACAACAAGCGGAUUAUCUCAUAAAUUUACUUACAAGAUUCAUUACUUGGAACCUUGAAAUUGGUCUCAGUCAGUAUCAAUCUUCAGAAAUGGAAAAUGCAAGCGAAUAGGUUUAUUACAAUUACAGUUGCAGUGAGUUAGAUGCACCAUUACAAAAGACGCAUGUAACCAUUG